CAAAAAAAAAAAAAAACCAAAAAAAGAUUAAACAAAAAUGGGUGGGGUGGUGAAAGCAGCAAUAGGUGAUGCAAUUGUGACAUUCAUGUGGAUAAUAUGUGCAUCAACACUUGGUGCUGCAACUUCUAUUAUUUCAAACUUUUUUCAUAAAAAUGAUGAUCCCAUGGCCAUCUUUGCAAUCACUGCCUCACUUAUAUUUGUAAUCUCUUUUUUGUUUGGAAUUAUUAGUGAGGCUUUUGGUGGUGCCAGUUUUAAUGCUACCGGCACUGUUGCUUUUUAUAUUGCUGGUGUUCAUGCUGAUGAUGAUUCUUUUAUGUCCACUGCUGUUCGCUUUCCAGCUCAGGCAGUUGGUGCGGUUGGUGGUGUAUUGCUGCUUACGGAGAUGAUGCCAUUACAAUAUAAACAUAUGCUAGAAGGACCUUCUUUGAAAGUUGACUUGCAUACUGGAGCGAUUGCUGAGGGGGUGUUGACUUUUGCUAUUACCUUUGUUGUUCUAUGGAUUAUCAUCAAGGGUCCUAAGAGCUUCUUUAUAAAGAAUUGGAUGCUCUCCUUUGCGACUAUGGCAGUGAUUAUUCCUGGUUCAAGUUAUACCGGUCCUUCAAUGAACCCUGCUAAUGCAUUUGGGUGGGCGUAUGUUAAUAAUAAACACAAUACAUGGGAGCAAUUCUAUGUUUACUGGAUAUGUCCAUCAUUAGGGGCUAUCUUGGCUGCUUGGUGUUACCGGCUUGUCUUCCCACCUCAACCGGCUUCAAAGACGAAAACAGCCUAAAGAAGGCAAAAGUAAGCUUUCAUUAUCAACGGAACAAUGGUAGGAGAUUCGUGAAAGAGUCAAGAGUAAGCCUUUAUUAUUAAUGGAACAAUGGCAGGGUGAUUCGUUUUCUUUAGGCAUAAUAAGUCGUAUUGUAUGUUAUUUGUCCAUCAUUAGUUAGCAUUUGUAGAUUAGGGACAUUUUACAGUUAUAGAAUAAAUUAUACAUAUGAUUUCUUUAAAAACUAUCGCCAACUUGUGUAUUUAUGCAUAUAUAACGCAAAUGUACAUUGAAUUGAAAAGGUCGCUCAUCAUAUCGUGAGACACUGUUGAAUCUGAUAACCAAGUGUUUCCUAUCGA